AUGGUGCACAGAGGAAGAACAUUAAAAUCAGACACCGAUAUAACCUCUCCCAAUGGAUCAGCAGUACCACAUCAGUCGAAGCCCUUUAGACAGUUCUCGACUAGGUCAAGAGCCAAGAGUAAUGCAAGUUUCAAAGGCUUGCGCAGGGUUUUAACUCAUGAUGGCACACUGGAUAGCGAUUAUUUCAAUAAACAUAAUAUUUCUCAAAAAUGCAAAAGUUCAGACGCUCUUUUCAGAAAAAGAACUAUUAGUGGAUUGAACAUGACGGCGUUGACAAGAGUAAAGUCAAAUCAGGGCAAAAGAUCGGCAUCCUUUCAUAGCCCUGUGCAUAAUACAUUAAUUAGCCCGAAAAGUGGUAGCCACUCUAAUUCCGCAAGUAGCGGCUUUGGUCUAAAACCACGAAGAAGUAAAAGUACACAGUCUGUUCUAAGUCUUCGAGAUGCACAGGAACCAGAUAAUAGUGGCUCUACAACUGAUGAAGAGGUCGAAUGCUUUUCGGAGGAUGACGCAGAGAAUGAGAAAAUAAAUAGUGAUAAAAUAAGAAUCAAGCAUAAUGCUCCUCAAGAGAAAGAAAGUAGCCCACAUCUAAUCGAUAAUGAAUUACAACCAUCAGAGCCUAUUUACGAACAAGAAGAAGAGAAACCUCUCAAUCAACAGAAUAAAAACCAUAGAGCUAUAUCCCUACCGCUACCCCAUUUAACAUCCACUGACUACUUUGGGGAAUCUAGCCGCUCUGAGGAACCCCAAAAUGAUGACAAUAUAUCGUCAAGUUCAACAGAAACAAAACUUAAUGUGAAUCACGUUAUCAACGAAGAGGAGCAAUCCAGCACAAGAAAGAACACCGAUAGCGAAACAGAACAUCCCCCCAAAAUGAACAGUCCACUAAUGGAAGCAGACGAUAAAAUCUCACAUACACCAUAUAAGGCGAAUGAAGAAAGAAUCCUCGACAUUGGCAACACAUUAGCGGUACAUAAGAGUAGUGAAAAGCCAAGCAAUUUGGAUGAGCAUUUUGACCAGGAAGAUCACAUCGAUGCUCCUAGAAGUAAUUCUUCAAGAAAAAGCGACACAAGUUUUAUGUCCUUGAGAAGACAAAGUUCUAAACAACGCCAACCGCUAAACGAAGAAGAAGAUCUAAUAAAACCUGAUCCGGAAAACAUUUCUUCCAAUGACAUCAACGGAAAGGAUAUUGAAGGCGCUAAUCCAUUAGAAAAUUAUGCGCCUGACAUGAUUCUUUCCCAGUCCACUGGAGUAGAACGUAGGUUUGAGGAUUUAUCUUCUAUUCAAAACUCACUUGGGAAGGAAAUUCAAAAUCCAGAAGAUCGUUUGAAUUCGGAUGGUACUUUCGAUGACCUGGAUGAUGAUAAGUUGCCUAAUGAUACCAAAAAUAUGAGGCAAUCUAAGCUGGGUCAAACUAUACCGAACUCCCAACUUGCUCUCCCCACCGCUACUAGCAUCGAUAACAAAGACAACAUUGUCUCUCAACACAACUUCUCGACCUCUAUAUCGAGCUUAACGAACAACUUGAGAAGAGCAGUUCCUGAUAGUUUUCAUGGCUCGUCACGAAUAAAUAAUAUUUUCCAUAAGAAAAGCAGCCAGAAUUUACUCUUAAGGUCUAAUAAUACCGGCAAAAAUCCAUCUGCUUCGAACUCCCCAUUGGUUAAUGAACACUCCAUUUCAAAUACGAACGCCAACGGAAAUGUAAAUGGAUCUUCCGAUUCUGGUGCCAAGUUUAAUAGUUUCGCCCAGUUUUUAAAGUCAGAUGGCAUUGAUGCUGAAUCCAGAACACAAAGAAAGCUAUGGCUACAAAGAGAAAAUUCCAUUAUGGAUUUAAGUUCACAAAACGACGGGAGUGACUCCAUCUUUAUGGCGGGAAACAUUGAUGCGAAAAGAGAGUUUGAAAGAAUAUCYCACGAAUACUCUAAUGUAAAGAGGUUUUAUAACCCAUUAGACGAGGCAUUAUUAAGAGUUGAACCUACAAUGGCUGGGAACACUAAUAACAUUAGAAAAAAAAGCCAUAACGAUGGGCAAUCGAUUACUCCCUCCAAUGGUACGCCAGAUCAUAAAGGCAAAGACGAUUUACUUUUCGCUAAUUACGAGAAGAAGUUUGAUGACCUUUACCCACACCUUGGAAACGCCAAAAUUCAAGCAGUGUUGUCCAACAUAUGGAAAAACGAAAGUUUCCUAUUUAAUAAAGAUGUCAAUCCGAUUAGCAAGAACAAGGCAUCGAGCACAAGCCACAGCAUAAGCAAUAACGGUCUGCAGAACACACGCAAUCUAUUGAGAGGCCCUAUGGGGUCUACCACUACAUUGCCCCAUCAGCGCGUUAUUAACUCUUUACAGCCGACUACAAGAGCGGUGAACCGCAGAAUGGAGAAUGUUGGCUACAUGCACGCACAGUCACAACAAAGAUAA